CUCAGCCAGCAGAUCUCCUGAAGGUUCUAGAUUUUCACAACUUGCCCGACGGAAUAAUGAAAACAACAGGGUUUUGCACGACGCGGCGAUCUUCCAAAGGCCCGGAUGUUGCGUACAGAGUCACGAAAGAUGCCCAGCUCAGCGCGCCCACCAAGCAGCUGUACCCUGCAUCUGCAUUUCCCGAGGACUUCUCCAUUCUAACCACUGUGAAAGCCAAGAAAGGCAGCCAGGCAUUCCUGGUCUCCAUCUACAACGAGCAGGGCAUCCAGCAGAUCGGCCUAGAGAUGGGCCGCUCUCCGGUCUUCCUCUACGAGGACCACACGGGGAAACCGGGGCCAGAAGAUUACCCUCUCUUCAGGGGCAUCAACCUGUCAGAUGGCAAGUGGCACAGAAUUGCGCUCAGCGUCCACAAGAAAAACGUCACUUUGAUCCUGGACUGUAAAAAGAAGGCCACGAAAUUCCUGGACCGCAGUGACCACCCCAUGAUCGACACCAAUGGCAUCAUUGUGUUCGGCACCCGGAUUCUGGAUGAAGAUGUCUUUGAGGGUGAUAUCCAGCAGCUGCUCUUCGUCUCGGACCACCGGGCGGCUUAUGAUUACUGUGAGCACUACAGUCCUGACUGUGACACUGCCGUCCCCGACACGCCCCAGUCCCAGGACCCCAACCCAGACGAAUACUACCCAGAAGGAGAGGGGGAAGGCGAGACUUAUUACUACGAGUACCCCUACUACGAGGACACGGACGACCCAAGCAAGGAGCCUGCCUCCACCAAGAAGCCUGUGGAAGCUGCUAAAGAGACCACGGAGAUUGCCGAGGAGCUGCCCCUGCCCCCCACGGUGGCCCCUGAGGUGCCUGACACCAGCCAGGGGGCUGGGAAAGAGGAGGACCCUGGCAUAGGGGACUAUGACUACGUGCCCAGCGAGGACUACUACACGCCACCCCCUUACGAGGAUCUCAGCUAUGUCGAGGGCAUCGAGGACCCUGACCAGCCCCCUGACCAUGGCACAGGGGCUGAGGUUCCCACCAGCACGGUCGGCACCUCCAACACCUCUAACCCGGCAUCUCCCGGGGAAGGGAAGGAUGACCUGGAGGGCGAGUUCACCGAGGAAACCAUCAAGAGCCUGGAGGAGAACUACUACGACCCCUACUACGACCCCACGGUCUCCCCGUCCGAGAUCGGGCCGGGCAUGCCAGCGAACCAGGACACCAUCUUCGAAGGGAUCGACGGGCCACGGGGCGAGAAAGGUCAAAAGGGAGAGCCCGCCAUCAUCGAACCAGGCAUGCUCUUGGAGGGGCCACCAGGCCCUGAAGGCCCCGCAGGUCUCCCAGGACCUCCAGGAACGAUGGGUCCCACAGGCCAAGUGGGUGACCCUGGAGAAAGGGGUCCCCCUGGCCGCCCAGGUCUUCCUGGGGCUGAUGGGCUGCCCGGCCCCCCUGGAACCAUGCUCAUGCUGCCCUUCCGGUUUGGAGGGGGUGGCGAUGCUGGCUCCAAAGGUCCCAUGGUCUCAGCCCAGGAGUCCCAAGCUCAAGCCAUUCUGCAGCAGGCCCGGUUGGCGUUGAGGGGGCCGGCGGGCCCGAUGGGUCUGACGGGGAGACCCGGCCCCAUGGGCCCUCCCGGGAGCGGAGGUUUGAAGGGCGAGCCUGGCGACAUGGGUCCUCAGGGCCCCCGAGGUGUUCAGGGCCCACCGGGCCCCACUGGAAAGCCUGGAAGAAGGGGGCGGGCUGGCAGUGACGGAGCAAGAGGGAUGCCUGGGCAGACUGGCCCCAAGGGUGACCGCGGCUUCGACGGCCUGGCUGGACUGCCCGGAGAGAAGGGCCACAGGGGUGACCCUGGUCCCUCUGGCCCGCCCGGACCGCCAGGAGACGAUGGAGAAAGGGGUGACGAUGGAGAAGUUGGGCCCAGAGGGCUGCCCGGGGAGCCUGGCCCACGCGGUCUACUGGGGCCUAAGGGUCCCCCUGGCCCUCCCGGACCUCCUGGUGUGACAGGGAUGGAUGGUCAACCGGGCCCGAAAGGAAAUGUGGGUCCCCAGGGAGAACCCGGCCCCCCAGGACAACAGGGUAAUCCAGGUGCCCAGGGUCUUCCAGGCCCCCAGGGUGCCAUCGGUCCUCCGGGAGAGAAGGGCCCCCUGGGUAAACCAGGCCUCCCAGGAAUGCCCGGUGCUGACGGACCUCCGGGGCACCCUGGCAAAGAAGGCCCUCCAGGAGAGAAGGGAACCCAGGGUCCACCUGGCCCCCAGGGCCCAAUCGGCUAUCCUGGCCCUCGAGGAGUCAAGGGGGCAGAUGGCAUCCGUGGUCUGAAGGGCACAAAGGGCGAGAAGGGGGAAGACGGCUUCCCGGGGUUUAAAGGAGACAUGGGCAUCAAGGGCGACCGGGGGGAGAUCGGCCCACCUGGUCCCAGAGGGGAAGAUGGCCCCGAAGGCCCUAAGGGUCGUGGAGGUCCGAAUGGCGACCCUGGUCCUCUGGGACCCUCCGGGGAGAAGGGAAAACUCGGAGUCCCGGGGUUACCGGGUUACCCAGGAAGACAAGGGCCGAAGGGCUCUAUUGGAUUUCCUGGCUUUCCCGGCGCCAACGGAGAGAAGGGUGGCAGGGGCACACCUGGGAAGCCGGGACCACGGGGGCAACGUGGCCCAACGGGCCCACGGGGCGAGCGAGGCCCCCGGGGCAUCACCGGGAAGCCUGGCCCCAAGGGCAACUCUGGAGGUGAUGGCCCGGCCGGCCCUCCAGGGGAACGGGGACCCAAUGGACCCCAAGGACCCACGGGGUUUCCUGGACCCAAGGGCCCCCCUGGCCCUCCAGGCAAGGAUGGGCUCCCAGGACAUCCUGGACAGCGAGGCGAGACCGGUUUCCAAGGCAAGACUGGCCCCCCGGGUCCCCCAGGUGUGGUCGGCCCUCAGGGUCCCACAGGAGAAACUGGUCCGAUGGGCGAGCGUGGCCACCCUGGCCCCCCUGGGCCCCCCGGUGAACAGGGGCUCCCGGGACUUGCUGGGAAAGAAGGGACAAAGGGGGACCCAGGCCCCGCCGGCCUCCCUGGGAAAGACGGCCCUCCAGGAUUACGCGGCUUCCCUGGGGACCGAGGGCUCCCUGGUCCAGUGGGAGCACUUGGACUGAAAGGCAGUGAGGGGCCCCCUGGCCCACCAGGCCCCGCGGGAUCUCCGGGAGAGAGAGGUCCGGCCGGUGCUGCUGGGCCCAUCGGAAUUCCAGGGAGACCUGGGCCCCAGGGACCUCCGGGGCCGGCUGGGGAGAAAGGAGCACCUGGUGAGAAAGGUCCACAAGGCCCCGCUGGCCGAGAUGGUCUCCAGGGUCCUGUGGGGCUCCCCGGUCCGGCUGGCCCCGUGGGCCCCCCUGGAGAAGAUGGAGAUAAGGGAGAGAUCGGGGAGCCGGGGCAGAAGGGGAGCAAGGGGGACAAAGGAGAACAGGGUCCCCCUGGGCCUACGGGUCCUCAAGGUCCCAUCGGACAGCCAGGCCCCUCCGGAGCUGAUGGAGAGCCAGGGCCUCGGGGCCAGCAGGGCCUUUUUGGGCAGAAAGGUGAUGAAGGCCCAAGAGGUUUUCCUGGGCCUCCUGGACCCGUGGGACUGCAGGGUCUGCCGGGACCUCCGGGAGAGAAGGGUGAGACGGGAGACGUGGGCCAGAUGGGCCCCCCUGGUCCCCCCGGCCCCCGAGGACCCUCUGGAGCGCCAGGCGCUGACGGGCCACAAGGUCCCCCCGGUGGAAUAGGCAAUCCUGGUGCAGUGGGAGAGAAGGGUGAGCCUGGCGAAGCUGGUGAGCCUGGCCUUCCUGGAGAAGGGGGCCCCCCGGGACCCAAAGGAGAAAGGGGGGAGAAGGGCGAGGCAGGCCCUUCUGGUGCUGCUGGACCCCCUGGACCCAAAGGCCCUCCUGGAGACGACGGUCCCAAAGGCAGCCCCGGCCCCGUCGGUUUUCCCGGAGAUCCUGGUCCCCCUGGAGAGCCCGGCCCCGCGGGUCAAGAUGGUCCCCCUGGUGACAAAGGGGACGAUGGUGAACCCGGGCAAACGGGAUCCCCAGGCCCCACUGGUGAGCCAGGUCCAUCCGGACCUCCAGGAAAAAGGGGUCCCCCGGGGCCCGCAGGCCCUGAAGGCAGACAGGGAGAGAAAGGAGCCAAGGGGGAAGCUGGCUUAGAAGGCCCUCCUGGGAAGACUGGCCCCAUUGGCCCUCAGGGGGCCCCUGGGAAACCUGGGCCUGAUGGCCUGCGAGGGAUCCCCGGCCCGGUGGGUGAACAAGGACUCCCAGGAUCCCCAGGCCCCGAUGGCCCCCCCGGCCCCAUGGGUCCCCCAGGACUCCCCGGCCUCAAAGGAGAUUCUGGCCCCAAAGGGGAAAAGGGUCAUCCAGGCCUGAUCGGACUCAUCGGCCCUCCGGGGGAACAGGGUGAAAAGGGCGACCGCGGUCUCCCGGGCCCUCAGGGCUCCUCCGGCCCCAAGGGAGAACAGGGUAUCACUGGUCCUUCCGGCCCGAUCGGCCCCCCGGGCCCUCCUGGCUUGCCGGGCCCUCCUGGUCCAAAAGGUGCUAAGGGCUCCUCGGGUCCGACUGGCCCGAAGGGUGAGGCAGGCCACCCAGGACCCCCCGGCCCACCGGGCCCCCCGGGCGAGGUCAUCCAGCCCCUGCCGAUCCAGGCGUCCAGGACGCGGCGGAACAUCGACGCCAGCCAGAUGCUGGACGACGGGGAUGGCGAGAACUACAUGGACUAUGCGGACGGCAUGGAGGAGAUCUUCGGCUCGCUCAACUCCCUGAAGCUAGAGAUCGAGCAGAUGAAGCGGCCCCUGGGCACACAGGACAACCCUGCCCGCACCUGCAAGGACCUGCAGCUCUGCCACCCUGACUUCCCCGAUGGUGAAUACUGGGUCGACCCGAACCAAGGCUGCUCCAGGGACUCUUUCAAAGUUUACUGCAACUUCACGGCCGGAGGGGCCACGUGCGUCUUCCCAGACAAGAAGUCCGAGGGGAGUAAAAUGGCCCGCUGGCCCAAAGAGCAGCCUUCCACCUGGUAUAGUCAGUACAAGCGCGGGUCCCUGCUCUCCUACGUGGACGCUGAAGGCAACCCCGUGGGUGUGGUCCAGAUGACCUUCCUGCGUCUGUUGAGUGCCUCCGCCAACCAGAACAUCACCUACAACUGCUACCAGUCCGUCGCCUGGCAGGACGCCACCACGGGCAGCUACGACAAGGCUAUGCGCUUCCUGGGCUCCAACGACGAGGAGAUGUCUUAUGACAACAGCCCCUACAUCCACGCCCUGGUGGAUGGCUGCGCUACCAGGAAAGGCUACCAGAAGACGGUGCUGGAGAUCGACACGCCCAAGGUCGAGCAAGUGCCCAUAGUGGACAUCAUGUUCAAUGACUUCGGGGAAGCGGCACAGAAAUUCGGAUUCGAAGUGGGGCCGGCUUGCUUCCUGGGCUAGGAGCCGCGAGCCCGGCCCCCGCGACCAACCUCGUGACCUCAGCACGCCGCCCGUGGGUGUCCUGGACAGUGAAGGACCCUCGUCCCGCCCCCGACCUCGUCUGCGCCUCGGCACUCUGCCGGGCCGCACCCCAAACCAGAGAGAGCAAAGGGAAAGAGCCGUGUCCCCACCUCGGAGCCGAAUCACAUGACCUAAAUGUCCCACAGCAUCUGGGCCCCAAACCCGCUUUCUCCAGCCCGGUUCUGUCUACACCGCACUCCACGGGGAAGGGAGCGGGCCACACUUCUUGCCACCGAACUCGCCGACCGUGCUCGUGGAGAGUUCCCGGGGCUGGGAGUGGGAGGAGCUGCGGUAUUUGGAGAUGAGUUCUUAAAAUUCAACUUGAAGAUAUGUAUUCCCCCUGACCUUCAAAAAACGUUCCAAGGCAGCCGCGUAAAGGUCACCCCUCUCCCUCCCCCACCCCGAGACUCAGAUCCCAGAACACGGUCCCUUCACAGGCCAGAUGUCACUCUUCAUGUGCCUUCCAGUGGAUUCCAGGUGCUUCUGUUUUCGUGAGUGUUGAGUAAAUAUUUGUUUUGUAUUGUAUUUUCCUAAGUGUUCGGUGUCCCUGACUUUCAAUCACGCAGGCAAACCCAGCUCAGUCCCACUGGGAGAAGGGGCCGAGGGCGGGUGUCCACCCUGUAUGCAAUCUGUCCAGGGGAGACCCAGGAGGCCCCACCCCUACCCUUCACAAGAAGGAGCCAUACUUUGGAAAUUUGCCCAGAGCAUCAAGAAUUCAACCGCCGUUGAGAAAGCAGGUGCAGUGCCCCUUCUCCGACAGUUUUUUUAUUAGCUCUGGGUUGUUUUCUUAAUGGAGAAGAAAGCAAGAGUUUUAUCUUCUGCCUUCUCUACGGGCACUUAGAUUAAAAGGCAGGCGGAGCGAGCCAACGGCCUCCCCCGCCGCUGGUCUCCCCGCAGAGUGGGAGAGGGGCCGAGGCGGGAGGCCGCGUUUUCCGCAGAUGAAGGUUAAGUGAAAAUUGGUGCUUAUUUUACACUCUCUUUGUGGUGCUAUCUGUUUUGAGAUCCUGAAGGCGACCCUGGCUUGGUCGUGCCUCACUCUCCCACCUUCCUCCACACUCCGGGUUUCUGCCAAGGACGUUAAGACGAAUGCCCGUCCCCUUCCCUCCCGCUGGGCACUGGGCUCACACCCCAGGUGGAAGCGCGGCCGCUCCGAGGCCCGUGACCGGUGUUCGGUUGUGCUUCUGUGGUUUGCAGACACUCACACACAAGGCACGAGGCUUCCACAUCGCCUACGGUGUCACGAUAGCAGAUCGUAUUCGGUUCCGAGAGUUUGUGGUGCUAACUUCUGUGUUUGUCCCAAAAGCGGCGUCGAAGCCGCUCAGGGGUCCCCAGGCUGCCUUGGGCGCGGCCUCCGCAGACAAAGACAUGUGCAAUGAACUUUGCGAGUCUCUGCCCGGCUGCCAGAGGGGCCCCGUCCCACACACGCGAUUUGGAUUUCCACCCGCGACCCCCGGCGGCUCGGGAGCGCGUCCCCUCCCACGGAGGCACGGGGCUCCGUUCCGCGGGCGAGGACCCGAGGCUGGCGGGGAUCGGCGUCCCUUUACUGUGAAAAGCUGCCCUCCUGCAGCUCCCUUUCCUUCCACGACGGGAGAAGCAAGCUGGGCCCCAGGGCCCGGCGCGGCCCCCUCGGGAGGAGCCGUGAUGUGUUCGCAGCUCUGGUGCUGUCUUCCACCCACCCCGCCCCGUCCAGCCGUGGUUCCCGUUUAGGAAGCCACCGCACGGCCACCCAGGAGAGACAGACCGCCGCCCACGAGGAUCUCCGAAUGCCCGUGGAAAUCCAGUCCUGCUCUUGCCAAAGAAAAGUCUGGCUUCGAGAGACUUUUGAACCCAGCAGGCGCCAACGACUGCCACGUUCACCCCUUCGAAAGAAAAGCCGUACCCCAGGCUGCCUCGCGUACCCUGUGGGUUUCUCUAGGUCAUGUGAUUCCCGCUUGAUUUCUCAUUCCUCCCCCCUUUCAUUCUGUCGUUUUCUUCCUCUGUCGGUCCGCCCUUCCAAACUGGUGUAAUUUGUACUGAAGUCAAGAAGUGUCCCAUUCUCCCCAGACCACUUAGCUACGGUAUAUUGCAAUAAAAUUACUUCUAUAUUUGCAGAAAUUCUUUUGGCGGAGUUUUAUUUUUUUCCUCCUAAUCUAUAUCAUUGGGCACAUGCUGACGAAAAGAAAAAUCGGAAAACAGAAAACCUCUGGUAACAACUCGAGGACGUUAGGCCCUACUUAGACUAUAAUGUCAAGUGACACAUUGUACAUUUCCUAAAAGUCCAAUAGACGUGUUCACAAGUCUUAACUGUAAUGCCCAGGAAAGGGCAUUUUAAACUAUUUUAAACCUGUGUAAGAGAAGAAUAAUUGUAACAGUUUUCAAUAAACCCAGUUUACUGUUUCCACCGUAAA